AUGCCGGAGGAGCCCCGGCCGCGGCCUCCGCCCUCGGGCUUCGCGGGUCUCCUGUUCCUGGCGUUGUGCAGUCGGGCCCUCAGCAAUGAGAUUCUGGGCCUGAAGCUGCCCGGCGAGCCGCCGCUGACCGCCAACACCGUAUGCUUGACGCUGUCGGGCCUGAGCAAACGGCAGCUGGGCCUGUGCCUCCGCAGCCCCGACGUGACGGCAUCCGCACUGCAGGGCCUGCACAUCGCCGUCCACGAGUGUCAGCACCAGCUGCGCGACCAGCGCUGGAACUGCUCGGCGCUGGAGGGCGGCGGCCGCCUGCCGCACCACAGCGCCAUCCUCAAGCGCGGUUUCCGUGAGAGUGCUUUUUCCUUCUCCAUGCUGGCUGCAGGGGUCAUGCACGCGGUAGCCACGGCCUGCAGCCUGGGCAAGCUGGUGAGCUGCGGCUGCGGCUGGAAGGGCAGUGGUGAGCAGGAUCGGCUGAGGGCCAAACUGCUGCAGCUGCAGGCACUGUCCCGGGGCAAGAGUUUCCCUCACUCCCUGCCCAGCCCUGGCCCUGGCUCAGGCCCCAGCCCUGGUCCCCAGGACACAUGGGAAUGGGGUGGCUGUAACCAUGACAUGGACUUUGGAGAGAAGUUCUCUCGGGAUUUCUUGGAUUCCAGGGAAGCUCCCCGGGACAUCCAGGCAAGAAUGCGAAUCCACAACAACAGGGUGGGGCGACAGGUGGUGACUGAAAACUUGAAGCGGAAAUGCAAGUGCCAUGGCACGUCAGGCAGUUGCCAGUUCAAGACAUGCUGGAGGGCGGCCCCAGAGUUCCGGGCAGUGGGAGCGGCGUUGAGGGAGCGGCUGGGUCGGGCCAUCUUCAUCGAUACCCACAACCGCAACUCCGGAGCCUUCCAACCCCGCCUGCGUCCCCGUCGCCUCUCCGGAGAGCUGGUCUACUUUGAGAAGUCACCUGACUUCUGUGAGCGAGACCCUGCCGUGGGCUCCCCGGGCACCCGGGGCCGGGCCUGCAAUAAGACCAGCCGCCUGCUGGAUGGCUGUGGCAGCCUGUGCUGUGGCCGUGGGCACAACCUGCUCCGGCAGACACGAGUUGAGCGCUGUCAUUGCCGCUUCCACUGGUGCUGCUAUGUGCUGUGCGAUGAGUGCAAGGUCACAGAGUGGGUCAACGUGUGUAAGUGAGGGUCAGCCUCACCGCAGCGCUGGGGAAGGGGAGGGGCAUCUAUUCAGCGUUUUGCUCUGAUUUCUGUCCAGGGUCAGUCCUGGCUCCUAGAAGCUCCGAGUAUCUACCUGGAAGCAGCUUGGGGGGGGGAGGUGAGGGUAAGGUAGAGUCUGUGAUGUACAGCCUUCUCCCCCACAGUAGGAGGGCCUUGGAGGGAAAGCUGUCACCCCUCUUCUGCUCCUUAAACACCUGAAAUGAACUAAGAUGAAAUGCACUGUAUUGCCUCCCUCUCUCCCACCCUGGGGUCCCUUUAGCGCUGGUUCCUCUUCCUUUGGGCUGGGAAGUCCCUGUAGUUUGACCACUCUUUUCCUUUGAGGGACAGCACCAGGCUCUGUGUGGAGCCAUAACACCUGUAUCCAGGGAGACCACUCAUUCCUAUAAUCUGUUCCCAAACUCCUCUACAGUGGCCUGGGCCCACUCUGGUGGGGUAAUGGGAGAUAGGGGUAGAGAGGUUUUUCUUGGGGAAGGGACAGAGUGCUGGAGGGGGACCUCUCCCCUGAGUCCUCAGAGAGUUGUUUGUCUAGGUCCUUAGGGAAACUAUCCCCCCCCACCUUCAGAUGUUAAAGGGAACCCUCCAAAGGAAGAGUUUUACCUAAGACUCUCUGAGCCUUUUAUUCUUUCUUUAGCAGGAGGGAUGGGGAUGGAUAAUUUAUUGUACUGAGACUUGUUCUUGGUUUCUGUUUGUAACUAAAAUAAAUUAAGCUACUGGACCAGUG